AUGAUAUACACUACGCUGGUUUUGUACUACGCUUCGCUUGAGGUGCGCUCCGGCGCCGCCUCCCCGUCGCAGCCGCCGCCGCCGGCCGCGCGGCUCUGUAGCUGUAGGCGGGAUCAGAGCUUGGUUCAUUUUGGUGAAGCUUUCGUCACUUCCACAUUUGUUGUACCGAUUUGUGUCACAGUGUAUAUGUUGCUGUUUUCACAUUAUGUUGUUAUUCGAUUUCCAUUCGACACUGGCGCGCUGCGCACGCGCACGCAAACCAAAGACCUUAUGGAUUACAUCACUUUGUUUGAGAUCGAGUGCAAGUCGGCGGGCGGCCCGGGCGGGGGCGGGGCCGGGGGUGAGGGAGAGGGAGUCACUCUUUGUAAAAUAAUGUUUCGAUACGAGGAUGUAGCCCCCUCCCCCUCCCCCGCGGCCCCGGCUGAUCCCCACCCGAGGCCCCCCGCGGGCGCGGCAGCACCGGCAACUAAUUUAAUGAGUUCAUGU